AACGAGUAUAUGUCGAACCACAAAGUCAAGAGUAUGGGAUGCAUGAUCGUGACACACUUAAUUACACAAUGGGGGAGCAAACUGAUGAUGAUGGGUUCCAAGAUCUGCAAUCAAGCUACAAACGGAACUAUGCCGCAGAGAAGAUGAAUGCAGCAAGGAUCAGAGAAGGGAAUUUAUUAAGGGCUGACAGAGUUGCUACUGCACAUAAGGCCAAACCAAGAGAGUUCCAAAUAGAAAAUAGAGUUGACAACAAGCGUGCCAAUGCAUCAAAGGUGAUAUUGUUGCAAAGAGUGUCAGCUAAUCAUAUUGAUUUAGCCAGGUUGGAACCCAUAGAAUGCAAGGUCUACUGGAAUGGUGCUUUCACUGGUCAUUUCAAUUGGUUCAAGAGAAGAGUCGAUUGCAACUAG